UCCUUAGAAAAUAAGACACCCAUGUACUUAUAACUUUUUUCUAUGAAUUCCUUUAAUUUUUGAAAAUCAAUAUUAACCCUUGGUUGCCAUAUAAACUUAUUAGAUUGAAAUUGUAUAGACAUUAUAGAUGGAGUGUUAUCUUAAUCAGUGUAAAUGUGAGUCCAGACAGGGAGAGCUCGUUCCCCCAAACUAACCAAAAUUUACUUACAACACAUGUAACUAGGGAGGAAAAAAACAAAAAUGGUCUGCAUCUUCAUUUUUAACACCUGCAACUUGCUUUGCUGAUCACCAUGUAAAAUAAGGGGGCCAAAUGCUUUGUAAUGUCAUAAUAUAAUGUUAAUGUUAGUAAUGUUAAAUAUUAUGGUCAAAUUUGAUUGGUGCAUUCAGGAAAGGGAAAAGGCGUAUAGCCUAGAUGAGUUAAUGUAAUUAUUAACUCCCAGGCUAACCCACUUACUGUAGUUGAUGUUAUCAUAUUUAAGUAAUUGAUAAAGUACAAGUGUUUAUGAAUGAGUGCUUUAUCUUACCUAAACCACGAAAAAGCAGAAAACAAAAGGCAGUACCAUGCUCUGUUCCAUGUAAUUGUCACAUUAUUUGUUGUUUUGUUAGGCUACAGGGAUAAAAAAAUGGCUUGGCCAAAUGUUCUCUACUUGAGCCGUGGUUCAAGUCAGAUAAAUUCCAUCAAUUUAUUGUUCAUUUCAUGCUUUAUUUUGUUUAUCUAAUACUUGGUUACUUAUUGCAGUUUUAGUAAAAUGAAGGAUUGUAUUCAGCUGCAUGUAUUUCAUUUUAUCUAAUUUAUCACUGUGAAUUGCACUCAGGUUGGCUCUAUCAAGUCAUUCAUUGGCACUGUCAACUGCCCUUGUUGUCAUCGUUGUUGUUGUGACCUAUACUGCCUCAGGAAUUUAAGUCAAAUGAUUUAACACGUGACCCAUUUUAUUUUUGGGGUGCGUAUUCUUCAUGGACAAAAUUAAAUGAAUGUAUAACGUUUUGUCAAACAGGUUUAUUUUCUGAGUUAUGGAAAAGUUUGGCUCUGUUGAAACCAAAGAGGAUGGUGUCAGGGGCUCCCCACUAGCAGAAAAUGGGAAGUAUAUAUAUUAUUUCUUUGAAGAUGCAAAAACUCUUCACGAAGGAUUUAAAAGAGGGAUGAGAGUAUCAGAGGAUGGACCUUGUCUUGGCACCAGGACUGGCCCUAACAAGACUUAUGAGUGGAUGAGUUAUGGUGAAGUAUACGAGAGAGCAAAGAACUUUGGAUGUGGACUGAUCACCAAGGGGAUGAAACCAUGCACAGAUAGCUUUCUAGGAAUAUUCUCACAUAAUAUGCCUGAAUGGGUGAUAGCAGAGCAGGCAUGUAACAUGUUCUCAAUGGUGGUUGUCCCACUGUAUGAUACACUUGGACCAGAAGCAUGCACAUUUAUAAUCAAUCAAACUCAGAUGCCCACAGUUGUGUGUGACAACUCUGAGAGAACCAAAGCACUUCUGGAUCAGAUUGGAAACACGCCUUCUCUGAAGUGUAUUGUCUGUGUCAACUUCAGUGACAUUUCACAGGAAAUUAAGGACAGUGCUGCUAAAAGCAAUAUAGAAUUGGUUUCAUUUACAAGUGUGGAGACCCUAGGUUCUAACAAUAAACAAGAAGAAGUGCCCCCCAGGCCAGCAGACCUUGCCACAAUCUGUUAUACCAGUGGAACCACAGGCAACCCAAAGGGGGUCAUGCUUAGUCAUGAGAACUUGAUGUCCAAUGUUGCAGCUGUGCUGAAAACGGUUGACAUAAAUGGUGGCCCCAGUGAUAUUCACAUAUCUUACCUUCCACUAGCACACAUGUUUGAGAGGGGUGUGCAGGCACUGGCCUUCCAACUGGGUGCAAGGGUUGGUUUCUUCCAAGGAGACGUGAAGCAACUCAUGGAUGACAUGCAGGAACUAAAACCCACAUUCUUUCCUGUAGUACCAAGGUUACUCAAUAGAUUGUAUGACAGGGUGAUGGCAGGAGCCAGCACUAGUAGAAUCAAGCGGACACUUUUGAACUUAGCAAUAAGAAGCAAAACUGCAGAACUGAAAAGGGGAAUUAUUAGGAAGAACAGCUGGUGGGAUAUACUUGUGUUCAGAAAGAUUCAGAAUCUGAUGGGAGGACAAGUCAGGGUAGUCAUCACUGGCUCAGCACCUCUGGCAGACAAUGUGCUGGCCUUUUCUAGAUGUGCAUUUGGAUGCCCAGUAAUUGAAGGCUAUGGCCAGACAGAGUCUUCUGCUGGGAUGUCCUGCACACUACCUGGAGAUUUUGUAGGAGGCCAGGUGGGUCCUCCUAUACCAUGUAACGAUAUCAAGCUUGUAGAUGUUCCAGAAAUGGAGUAUUAUGCCAGAGAUGGAAAGGGAGAGGUGUGCUGCCGGGGUGCAAAUGUGAUGAUGGGAUAUUUCAAAGACCCAGAGAAAACCAAAGAAGCUAUAGAUGAAGAUGGCUGGCUACAUACAGGGGACAUUGGGGAAUGGACACAGAAUUGGUCAUUAAAGAUCAUAGACAGAAAAAAGCACAUCUUUAAGCUGGCUCAGGGAGAAUACAUUGCACCAGAGAAGAUUGAGAAUAUUUAUGUCCGCAGCCCUCUGGUGGCUCAAAUGUUUGUUGAUGGAAACAGUCUUCAGUCUUGUUUGGUUGGGAUAGCUGUCCCAGAUGUGGAAGUAUUAGAAACUUGGACCAAGGAGCAGGGUAUCCCAGGGAGCACAAUGACUGAAUGGUGCAGUAAUAAGACCUUGAAAGAAGCCAUUUUGAAAGACAUUCAGCAAUGUGGAAAAGACUCGGGACUGAAAUCAUUUGAACAGGUCAAGGAUAUCUACUUGUUCCCUGAGCUGUUUUCACUAGAGAAUGGAAUGUUGACCCCAACCUUCAAAGCCAAGCGUGCAUUCCUUCGCAAGCACUUUGCUCAACAGAUAGCAGAUAUGUACAAAAACCUAAGUUAAAUCUAGUCAUUUAAGAUUGUUUUUUGCACAAUGGAUAAAUUCAUUAAUCAAGCACAUUGAUAAAGUUGAUGUAUUAAACUGAAAAUACAUAUGACUUUGUGUUUUCCAUAUGCAAACAAGUUAUUUUUAUAAACAUACAGAAACGUCACGGGGAACUAGUAAACUGACCAAGUAGCUUUUCUGCACUGGUAAAGAUGUCUCAAAUAUUUAUACACUCAUAUGGUUAAAAAUCAGUUGAUUUGGUUUUUAAAGAAAAUUACAUAUUCUCUAAUCACUUUAGUUUUACUUAAACCAUGUUGUGUUCUUAAAAGUCACUCUUCUUAAGACAAAAAUUGUAAUAUACCUCAGAUAGGCAGAAAUGAUAUUAUAUUGGGUUAAAUCUGCACUGGGGGUAUAAGUAUUUGAUAUUAGGAGGGUGUAUGCAAUCAUCAUAGCAACAGGUAUAUACUCAAACAAAAGAGUUUUCUGCCAUCUAUUGAAAAAUAAUCUUGACUGUACUAUCCACAUGAGGCAUUGUUAGGUUAUAAAACUAUAACUCAAUAAAAGGGGUAAAUAAUCUGGUCUGAUGUGUUAUCUAUGUAGGCCUAUACACAACACUGCAUUUUCUGUGCCUUUGAAGCAUGUUUUGUCUGAAACAUUCACUCAAUAUUUGUGUUAAUUGUGUAGGACACAAAUUUUAUCAUUUGUGUGUCCAGAAAUAGGAUCUGGCAAAUUGGGUCUAUCAGUGAAACGGGUUUUGGUAAUGUAGGGAAGGUGAAUGAAUUUUAUUUUUGAAAUUUUUCACAAUUUUACUGUUAUUAAGGACAUUCCAUGAGUGUUAGACCUUUAAAUAGCAAAGAGAAUUAUUUCCAGGAAAUUUGUAUUUUUCCCCUCCUCACCAAGGUGUACCAUAUCCAGACCAUUGACAAAAUAAUGAUCUAUAAACCAAACUAUGAAUUCUAAGUUUCUGAUUUCGAGUGACUCUCAUAACUGGUGAAUUUCACUCAUAACAGUAAAAAUAGAAAUGUAGAAUUCAAAAGCAGUUUCAUAGAUCAUAAUUUUGUCAGUGGUUUGGAUAUGGUGUACAUUGGUGAAGAGGGGAAAAUAUUGAAAUUUCGAAGAAAAUUAAUUCCUUGGUCUUGGAGAGGAUAAAUCUUGGAAGUUGGGUAGUAAGCUGAUGUGGUGGAGUUUUCCUGAAAAAUAACUUUUUUUGCUAUCGAAGGGUCUAAUGUGCAUUGUAUGCCUUCAAUUGUAGCCUAGUUUUCCAGUGAUGCAAAGAAUUAAUUAUAAAAAUAAAAUUUCUAAAUCAUGGUUCACUUUUCCAGAAUACAGUUGUCAAUGCAGUUUAAGUCCUGGUGUAAACUUGGUGGUUGGGAUUGCAGUGUAUAACUUGAAAGUUAAAUUUGAUCAUGGCUUUGGAUGUUUUACCACUUUUGACUGUUGAAUAAAGAAUGUUUAUUUAAGAUGAAAAUAUUGUUCAACACUUAUUUAUCCAAUGCACUUACUGUACAUAGCAGGCAUGAUUUGAGUGCUGACAAUAGAAAUAUUGACAUCUUUUUGUUAUUUACUUUUUAUGAUGAAAUUGUGCCACAUCUAUGUUCAAGAAAAAAAGAUGACUCAUUAUGCUUCUGCAUUAAUCUUAGAAAGCCGAAUUCUAAGACAAUCAAAGAUUCAUAUCCCAAGAAUUGAUGAAACACUAGAUCUCUUCCAUGCAGUUUUGUGGUUCGGUCAGUGUGCAAGAUCUGAAAUCUGCAAAUUGGCAAGUAGAAAUAUAGGAAUUUGACUAACCAAAAACAGCAUCUACGGUUGGUCCAUGAGUUUUUUUAUGAAUGUUUGCACAUGCCUUAUGGACAUUGCAAUGCUCCUUAACACUUCAAAGGCUGCUUGAAAGUGUAGUGGAUUGUUUAAUUUAUUGAGAUGAUGUCAUUGUUUUCACCAGAAAAAUGUUACCGAAUUGAAAGAUGUGCUGGCACGAUUGGGAGUCAAGCCUUAUAAAUGCUGUCUAUUUUAGCAUUAGGUUCAAUAUCAUGGCCACAUUGUUUCCAAAACAGGCAUUCAGACAGAUGCAUCAAAGAUUGAAGUUGUGAAUUCAUGGCCAUGACAAACAUUUGUGCAAGAUGCUCUCUCUUUCAUAGGAUUUGUCAGAUAAUGCUGCUUUCAUUGAAAAUUUCAAUAGAAUAGCUCGCCCAUUGCAUGAAUUUGAAAAAUCAAGUCAAAAAAGUCUAGAAAGUCUCAACAGAAUUUUAAUUGGUUGCCUGACCACUAAAAACUAAUAGAUGCUAAACCACUCAUCUUAGCAUUUGCAGAUUUCUCUAAAACGUUUGCAUUGCCAGUUGAUGCCAGCAGAAUUGGUCUGGGACCAGUACUACAACAGAAGCAGGAGGGUCAAGAUAGGGCAAUUGCAUAUGCAUGCAGAUCGAGGGCUUCAACAAGCAGAAAAUAAUUAUUCAAUUCACAAAUUAGGAUUUUUAGCUUAUAAAUGGGCAGUUACAGAGAAUUAAAUCCUGAUUACUUAUAUGGAAAUUCUUUUACAAUUACAACAAUCUUUUACAACAACCCAUUAACAUAUAUAUAUUGACAUCUUCAAAGUUGGAUUCAGUAGGUCAACAUUGGGUUGCAGAGCUGUCAAAUUAUAAUUUCAAUAUUGUUUAUGUUUCAGGCAACUCCAAUGUUGAAUCAGAUUCUCUAUAUCGCAUUAGGUGACAGCAGAAAAUUGCAUCUGAUAGUUGCAAUGCUAUUUACCUCCGCCAAGGAGGUUAUGU